GUGUUAUCUUAGAUUAAAGCCUCUCUCAUUCUCUCAUGUAAUCUUAGAUUCUUAAUGGUUUUCUUCGCAGGGCCCAAGUUAUACCAGUGAACAUGUACACCAUGCCAUUGCCAGAACCAUCUGAUAUAUAUGCCGGUUACAAGCCCAGCUGCCAAGCCAGCUGAGUCGUCGGCUCCUCAGAGAAGCAACCGAACUGUUCCGAAGGUUCCAACUUCUCAACCUGCCUCCAUGAGCUCUGACUCGGCAGCUCCCAGAACACCUAUAAAGGCCCCUGGAGAUGCGUCUAAGGCAUCCUCCUUCCAGUUUGAGUCCAUAAGUCCUGGUUUCAUGAAUGGGAUGCAGGUUCCUGAUCAAACUAGCACAGCCCCGCCAAAUUUGGAUGAGCAGAAAGGGGACCAGGCACGCCAUGAUUCUUUUAAUCUACCAAACUUGGAACAUUCCCGUGAUCUACAUACUAUAAUCUCCUCCUCUGCUCCGUCAACAAUGAUUCCGGUUACAGUCAAGCCAAGUGCUGGUUCUAUUGGAGAAAAGGUUGCAGACUCAAUGCGGCCAAGUAGCUCACAUGGUGCUGAAAAGGGUGAAUCUCCUAAACACGUGAGACCAUCUGGUGAAGCUAGCUCAUCACAUCCUGAAAGGGAUUCUGAGAUUUGUUCAGAAAGCUCUUUGCAGCAGUCUAAACAUGACGCUGAAUCAUUGGCGGCGUCCAAGUCGUUGCCGGUGGCAACUAACCAGUCGGCAGUGUCGUCUGUUAUUUCUUCUGAGGGCCUGAUAGUGGAUAAUGUUGUUAUUGGGAGACUGGAUAAUCAUGACAAAGAUGAAGAAGUAGUUACAGCCAAAAAAUAUUCCAGAGAUUUCCUCUUGAAAUUCACGGAGCAAUAUCUCGUCCUUCCAAAAGGUUUUGAGAUUACAUCUGAAGAUCGGGCCUUGAUGAGUGCUAAUUUCAAUAUCUCUCAUCUUGUUAAACGUGAUUCAUACCCUAGUCAGGAUAAGCCAAGCCUUGAUCUGAGUAAGGCAAAGAAUACUGCUAAAGGAGGAAAGAAGAAGAUGAAAGAAAUACUUCAGAAAGCCGAUGCCACUGGGACUACUUCUGAUCUUCAUAAUGCAUAUAAGGGCCAGGAUGAAAAGAAAGAAACUAAAGGAGGAAAGAAGCAGAAAAAAGAAGCUAAAGGAGGAAAGAAGAAGAAGAAAGAAAUACUUCAGAAAGCCGAUGCUGCUGGACAACAGGUUAUUGGGAGACUGGAUAAUGUUGUUAUUGGGAGACUGGAUAAUCAUGACAAAGAUGAAGAAGUAGUUACAGCUAAAAAUUAUUCUAGAGAUUUCCUCUUGAAGGAUCCACGUCAGGUGGAUGAGGAACAAGCAAAGCAAAGGCAAAUAAGAGAUAUUUUAAACAAACUUACUCCAACGAACUUUGAGAAACUUAUUGAGCAAGUGAAAGCAAUUAACAUUGACAAUGCUGCCACUCUAAUUAGUUUUGUCUCACAGAUCUUUGACAGAGCUUUAAUGGGGCCUAUUUACUGUGAGACGUAUGUAAAUUUUUGUAGUCAUCUGGCUGGGGAGUUGCCUGAUUUCAAUGAAGAUAAUGAAAAGUUAACUUUCAAGAGAGUUCUUCUGAACAAGUGCCAGGAGGAAUUUGAGAGGGGGGAAAGAGAGCAAGAAGAAGAAGCUAAUAAAGCUGAUGAAGAGGAUCAGAUUAAACAGUCUGCUGAGGAAAGAGAAGAGAAGAGAGAUAAGGCUAGAAGAAGAAUGUUGGGUAACAUUAGAAUAAUUGGGGAGUUGUACAAGAAGAAAAUGUUGACUGAGCGAAUAAUGCACGCAUGCUUACACAAAUUGCUGGGCCAGUAUCAGGAUCCUGAUGAAGAAGUUGUUGAAGCUUUGUGCAAAUUGAUGAUUACUAUUGGGGAGAUGAUCGACCAUCAAAAAGCUAAGGAGCAUAUGGACGCAUAUUUUGAUAGAAUGAAGGCAUUAUCCAAUAAUAUGAAUUUAUCUUCUAGGGUCAGGUUCAUGUUGAAGGAUGCAAUUGAUUUGAGAAAGAAUAAAUGGCAGCAGAGGAGAAAAGUUGAAGGGCCGAAAAAGAUUGAGGAAGUGCACAGAGAUGCUGCUCAAGAACAACAGGCGCAAGUUAGCGGGUUGGGUCAUGCUUCGAGCAUAAGCCAGUCAGCAAGAAGGGCACCAAUGGAUUUUGGUCCAAGAGGGUCAAUGAUGUUGUCUUCCCCAAACGCUCAGAUGGAUGGUUACUGUGGAGUACCACCUACUCAGGAUGGUCAGUCGGAGGAAAGACGGUCUUAUGAGGCUGGUAAUUUGGAACUCAUGAUCAAAGAUCUAACCUUGACCAACCAGUUAUUACUGAGAAAAGUCGAGAAGUGGCAAUGGUGGUUUUUGGUGGCACUAAACAUUUUCUUCCUCGCUGUGGGCCAAUCUGCUGUUGUUCUUAUUGGGAGAUUUUAUUAUGUCCAGGGUGGAAAUGGUAAAUGGAUGGCUACUCUUGUUCAAACUGCUGGCUUCCCAAUCCUUUUCAUCCCACUAUUUUUUACUCCUUCCUCUCAGCAACCUUCAACUUCUUUGGCCCUACCCUCUAUUAAAAUUCAUGCCUUGAUCUACUUCUGUCUUGGAGUUCUGAUAUCUGGUGACAAGAUGAUGUAUUCUGUUGGACUCUUGUACCUUCCUGCCUCUACUUACUCCCUCAUAUGUGUAUCCCAAUUAGCUUUUAAUGCGGUGUUCUCUUACUUCAUCAAUUCUCAGAAGUUCACUGCUUCAAUUUUUAACUCUCUGGUUGUCCUCUCAUUAUCUGCUGCCCUGAUUGCAGUCAAUGAAGACUCUGAAGGACCAUCAGGAGUUUCUAGUUGGAAAUAUAUCACUUGCCUCCUUUGUACCCUAGGAGCUUCUGCACUUUCCUCUCUUUUGCUUUCCCUGAUGCAGCUUUCCUUCCAAAAGGUUCUAAAAAGGGAAACAUUUUCUGUGGUUUUGGAAAUGCAAAUCUAUACAUCACUUGUUGCCACUUGUGUUUCUAUUGUGGGUCUUUUUGCAAGUGGGGAGUGGAAGAGUUUGCAUGGGGAAAUGGAGGGUUUUGGUGCAGGAAGAGUUUCUUAUGUAAUGACUUUGGUGUGGACAGCUGUGGCUUGGCAGAUUUGUUCUGUUGGUGUUGUGGGCUUGAUUUUUAUGGUGUCAUCUCUCUUCUACAAUGUUAUCAGUACUUCCUCUUUGGCUGUUACUCCUAUUGCUACUAUGAUAGUUUUCCAUGACAAGAUGAAUGGCGUCAAGGUAAUUGCUAUGCUUUUUGCUAUCUGGGGUUUUGCAUCUUAUAAUUAUCAGAAUUAUCUUUAUGAUUCUAAGGCAAGUAGAACGCAAAAGGCAAGGAGAAAACAAAAGGAUGUUACUACUACCAAUAUUCAACAGAAGGGCUUAAUUCCUUCUCCUCAAACUCCAUUACUGAUGAUGCACAAAGCUGAGAAGAAGUACGAAGUGGGUAAAGUGGCGGAUGAGGAAGAGGCAAAGCAAAGGCAAAUAAGAGCUAUUUUAAACAAACUUACUCCAACGAACUCUGAGAAACUUUUUGAGCAAGUGAAAGCAAUUAACAUUGACAAUGCUGCCACUGUAACUAGUUUUGUCUCACAGAUCUUUGACAGAGCUUUAAUGGAGCCUAUUUACUUUGAGAUGUAUGUAAAUUUUUGUUGUCAUUUGGCUGGGGAGUUGCCUGACUUCAAUGAAGACAAUGAAAAGAUAACUAUUACGAGAGUUCUUGUGAGCAAGUGCCAGAAGGAAUUUGAGAGUGGGGAAAGAGAGCAGGAAGAAGAAGCUAAUAAAGCUGAUGAAGAGGGUGAGAUCAAACAGUCAGCAGAGGAAAAAGAAGAGAAGAGAAUUAUGGCUAGAAGACCAAUGUUGGAUAAAAUUGGAUUGAUUGGGGAGUUGUACAAGAAGAAAGUAUUGACUGAACGAAUAAUGCACGCAUGCAUACAGAAAUUGUUGGGUCAGUAUCAGGAUCCUAAUGAAGAAGAUCCGAUAGGCGAUACGACACAGUACCGGAAAUCCGAUAGGCAAUCCACGAGCUCCAAUCAGCAGCAGGGCUCCUCAGGCGCUUACGUUAAGGGCGGCGGGCCCGCCCCUUCUCCAUCAUACGGGUUAUCCUCCGGCCGCAGUUUGAAGAGGAAUAACAAUAAUGCACAAGGAGGGCAGUCUAGGGCAAGCGUGCCCACUGUGAAUUCCUCUCCGUUGGAGUCUAGUAAUGUGUCAACGCCGCCUACUGCUGCUGUACAGACUGGUUCCCAUGUGCAGCCCCAAUUUCAUGGAGCAUCUGAUAUGCUGGUUACAAGCCCAGCUGCCAAGCCAGCUGAGUCGUCGGCUCCUCAGAAAAGCAACCAAACUGUUCCGAAGGUUCCAACUUCUCAACCUGCCUCCAUGAGCUCUGACUCGGCAGCUCCCAGAACACCUAUAAAGGCCCCUGGAGAUGCGUCUAAGGCAUCCUCCUUCCAGUUUGGGUCCAUAAGUCCUGGUUUCAUGAAUGGGAUGCAGGUUCCUGAUCAAACUAGCACAGCCCCGCCAAAUUUGGAUGAGCAGAAACGGGACCAGGCACGCCAUGAUUCUUUUAAUCUACCAAACUUGGAACAUUCCCGUGAUCUACAUACUAUAAUCUCCUCCUCUGCUCCGUCAACAACGAUUCCGGUUACAGUUAAGCCAAGUGCUGGUUCUAUUGGAGAAAAGGUUGCAGACUCAAUGCGGCCAAAUAGCUCACAUGGUGCUGAAAAGGGUGAAUCUCCUAAAUACGUGAGACCAUCUGGUGAAGCUAGCUCAUCACAUCCUGAAAGGGAUUCUGAGAUUUGUUCAGAAAGCUCUUUGCAGCAGUCUAAACAUGACACUGAAUCAUUGGUGUCCAAGUCGUUGCUGGUGGCAACUAACCAGUCGGCAAUGUUGGCUGUUAUUUCUUCUGAGGGCCUGGUAUCCAAUCCAUUAUCUUCUGCUUUGGUUUCUCCAUCCGAGGAAUCUACAGUAGUUGUGCCUAAUAAUGAGGGCAGAAGAAGGGAAAUACUUGGUAGAUCAAACUCUAUCAAAGAUCAUCAAAAGAAGACAGGCAAGAAAGGACACGUCCAAUCACAGCGUCAGGUUAGCAGCCAAUCUACUUCAACCUCAAAUUUGCAUUCUCAGGCUCUAGAGCAUGGUAUAUCUUCUAACAGUGGACUUUCUGGAGCUGUAGAAGCUAAACCAGCUCUUGCUACACCGACGUCUAGUGAAAGUGUUUCAUUAUCCCGGCCAUCACUGUUAACAGUUGGUGGUGCUGCUGAUGCUUCUGAAUUAAAGGUUGAAAGUGUUGGAGAAGACUCCACCAGUGUCUCAUCUGAAAUUUCUGGUUCCGGAAUCAUUGUUGAUACCUUUGAGACUGCUCACCAUGCUAAGCUAGAUGAAUCAUCUUUGCAGAAUGAAGAAUUACUACAUGAAACUGUGUUAAAGGAUGAACAAGGAGAAAGCAGAUUGCCUGAAUUGGAGUUCAAACAAGAUGUUCAGAGUAGUGAGAUAUCAUCGGAGCCUGUUUCGUUAAAAUCCUCGGAACUUAUUAAACAUACUGAGGGCAAACAAUCUGGACAGGAUUCUGAUCUGAAGGCAAUAACUACAAGUGAUGAGGUCCCAACUUUAGAGACUUCACAGAGAGGGCUCGCUGAACCUGUGGAGUGUCAUGCAGAGAUGGAUGGGACAACUGAUUUCUCAGAUGCUGGAAGUUCUAAUGGUGAGAAGGCCUCAACUUUGGAUGUUCCUUCAAGGAGUGAUUGCAUAGGCAGUAAAGAAGUUGUUACAAUGUCUGGUAUAUCAGAUCAGCAGUCUGCUAUUCUGACCCCUGAUCUUCUGGAAGCAACUUCAAAACAUGAAGGGGAAAUUGCAGAGAAUUUUGGCGGUGGUUUGGUCUCAUUUGCAGCAUCAGUUUCCAAGGAUAAGCCAAGCCUUGAUCUGAGUAAGGCAAAGAAUAGUGCUGAAGGAGGAAAGAAGAAGAUGAAAGAAAUACUUCAGAAAGCCAAUGCUGCUGGGACUACUUCUGAUCUUUAUAAUGCAUAUAAGGGCCCGGAUGAAAAGAAAGAAACUGCUGUGUCUACGGAAAGUACUGAGAGCACUUCUAAUAUUGUGGAUGUGAAGCAGGCACCUGCUGAUGCUGUCGAAGUAGAUUCUAUAGCAAGUGAAAUGGGUGGGACAAGCAAAGCUGAGCUUGAUGAUUGGGAAGAUGCAGCUGACAUAUCUACACCAAAAUUAGAAGUUUCAGAUAAGGGACAACAUGUUAUUGGGAGACUGGAUAAUCAUGACAAAGAUGAAGAAGUAGUUACAGCCAAAAAAUAUUCCAGAGAUUUCCUCUUGAAAUUCACGGAGCAAUAUCUCGUCCUUCCAAAAGAUUUUGAGAUUACAUCUGAAACAGAGGCCUUGAUGAGUGCUAAUUUCAAUAUCUCUCAUCAUGUUGAACGUGAUUCAUACCCUAGUCAGGAUAAGCCAAGCCUUGAUCUGAGUAAGGCAAAGAAAACUGCUAAAGGAGGAAAGAAGAAGAAGAAGAAGAAAGAAAUACUUCAGAAAGCCGAUGCUGCUGGACAACAGGUUAUUGGGAGACUGGAUAAUGUUGUUAUUGGGAGAAGUCGAAUUGAACGUCGUGGUAGUGGUGUGGUAGAAGAAGACAGGUGGAGUAAACUAUUUGGUAAUUUCAGUUCGGGGAGGGAUCCACGGCCGGAUCUUGUUUAUGGAGGUAAUGCAGCAGGUUUUCGACCUGGCCCGGGAGGUAAUUGUGGUGUUCUCAGGAACCCACACGGACAACCGCCCAUGCAGUAUCCUAGAGGAAUCCUGGUGGGACCAUCCAUGGGUUCUCAUGGAGGAAUGGCUAGAAAUAGCCCUGAUUCUGAAAGGUGGCUGCGUGGUACCAAUAUUCAAAAGGGUUUAAUUCCUUCUCCUCAGACUCCAUUACUGGGGAUGCACAAAGCUGAGAAGAAAUAUGAAGAACUGGGUAAAGUGACAGAUGAGGAACAGGUAAAGCAAAGGCAAUUUAUGUAAUCCAUCUUUAA